CUACUCCAUGACUUUCAAUUACCAACUAAUUAGUGAAAUAAUGUGAUCCAGUGAAAAUAGUGAUUCCUUUGAAAGAAAAAAAAAUUUUUUUCACGGUGCGUGAAAAUCAUCAAGUUAUUUUUCAUCGUUGACACGGGAUGUGAAUAAGAGUGUAGUCGUAAUAUCCGCUAAAUUUACGCUUGAGGAGUGAGUGCAUCGGGAGUUAGCACUCACUAUUCGGGAUCAGUCUCGGUUUGAAUUCGCCACGGUCAGUUCAUCACGCGAAGGAUGAUUAGAGUAUGAAGAGAAGAGGUCAAUCUUUGGAAAGAACGAGACAUUCCAGCUUAGAAAUGCCGGACCCGGAAUUAGUCGUUAAAGAGAAAAAGAAGCAGGACAUGCUUACGAAAGCAAGAAACAAAUUUUUCGACGCGAUCAAAUCGAGAAACUUAGACGGGGAUAAGAAAUCAAGAACACAAGCAACGAUUGAUUAUUUAUUUAAACCAUGUCCAAACAGCAAGAAUGACAAAAAUCAAAUUUAUUCGAAUUCGAGGGCGCAAAAUGGACAAAACGAACAAAAUGGUCAUACUUUACCCAGAACAUCUUCGUUACAGAAGCAACACUCCAUCGAUUCUUAUCCAUUAAAAAUUGCUGAAAGCGUUGACGAUCAAGCGAUUGCGUCUGGAAUUUUUAGAAACAGACCCGCAACAGUUUGCGUUGAUAAAUUACGCGAUGAAUUAGGAACUACAGAAGCUUUGGCAUUGGAGCGUCCGAGAAAAAAAAUUUCGUUUAGGGAACCCGAUUUAGAAGGGUAUUUAGUCCAAGUUCCCCACGAUAUUUUUCAGAAGAAACCGAAUCGGAAGGCGUUCACUCCUGAAAUGAAACGAAGUGGUAAUUUAAAUAUUGGAACUAUGAAGAAAGCACCUAGUAUUGAUUUGGACGAUCCUGAAUUAAAGAGUCAAGCAAUGAGAAUAGUGAGAACCGUUGGUCAAGCUUUCGAAGUUUGUCACAAAAUGGCAAUAACAGCGCCGGAAAAUGAAAACGAUUAUGACGAGCAAGACACUUGUACUCAAGAUGAUGGAUUAAGCGACUUAACGGCUGAUAAACCAAAAAGAGAUUUAAUGUCCGAAGGUGCUAGCGACAAAGCUUCGUUGCCAGAUGAACACAACGCCAAUAAAGAUAUGAACGGUAUGGACACCAAUAACAGACAAUACCAUGUGGAUUUAUUGUCAGUUCCAACUUUAAAUAACAACAGCAGUAAUAACACGUCAGUGAAUAAUAGUGCGAAUAACACGUUAGCAAAUAGUAACGCUAACAGCCAUAAUAACAGUAAUGUUAACCUGUUCCAAAGAAAAUCGCCAAUGGAUACAUUUUCGAAUCCUCACAACGAUAAUUUACUCGGCGGUGGAACAAAUUUAAAUUCAACGGGAAAUGCGAUAUCGGCCCAACACGAAAUCCAGCUGUUAAGAGAACAAUUAGAACAGCAAAGUCAACAAACUCAAGCUGCUAUGGCUCAGUUACAAUUAACUAGGGAACAACUAGCGGCCGAACAGAGUGCACGAAUGGAAGCUCAAUCCAGAACGCAUCAACUCUUAGUGCAUAAUCGAGAACUUUUGGAUCAUAUAGCAGCGUUGGUGGCUCAUUUACAAGGAGGUGAAAAAGUGCCAGGCCAACAAUCGAACUCUCCACAUGUCGCUAUGCCACAGUUAAGUUCAGCGGCUAAAGUGGAAAGAUGGUUCGAAUUGAUUGAGCCGUUAUCAAUAUCACGCCCGGAAAGUGGUUUUGUAUCGUGUCAAGAUCAAGAUGCAGAAGACGACGAAGAAAAAGCUAUUUUAGAAGGGACGAGAUCGUUACUAUCGAAAUUAAGCGCUAGAAAACAACGUAAACUUUUAGGUUAUAAAUUAGGAAAGGUAACUACAUUUUGACGAUUUUAGAAUUUACAUAGUUGACGAAAUAGGAUUUUUAUAUAAGUACAUUAUAUAAACGAGUACAUUUUAUAAUUAAAAUCCGUUAAUUAUAAUUAUGUCGAAAUAUUUUCUACAAAGAUAUAAUAAGUUCUAUAUUGUAGUUAUUAAUUUUAGUAUUUUUUUACUUUUGUAUAUCAAUUCAUUCCAGAUCCAGUAACAUACUGCCAUACUCCUAGUAUUUAACAGCAUUACCCAGUUAUUUUCAUUACUAAGUAAACACUGAAUCGAAUACUAGGGUUCUGUAUAAUAUUUAUUUAUCCGUUUUAUAUAAUUUAUAAUAGACAUGUAUUUAUUUUAUUAACGAAUCCGAAGCGAAAUAAAAGACUUACAAAUACAUUCACUCUAAAGUCUAUUCUAUUAAUAAUAACUUUUUAACAUUAACUAUUAAUUUUAAAAUAGAAUCUGUGAGAAAUAAUUAUAAUUUUUAAUUAAAAAAAACUUAACAGUACUAAUAAUAAUUAAAGAAUAGGAAUAGACCAAAAAAACGAGAUCAGAAACUCGAAAAUCGAAAUAUUAAUCUAAUUAGAAAAUAAGAAAUCGUAUUAAAAAUCGCUGAUCUCUUUAUUUAAAAAAAAAUAAUUAUUUCUACUUAAAUUAAGUCUAAAAUGUCUUUAUUUCGUUAGGUAAAUUAGUCAUUGACAGCUUGGCAAAUUUAUCUUGGCCAGUCAGUCAAACAUUCCAAGAUGAGCUGAAAAAAUCAUAUCAGCAAUGUUUAUCGAAAAUAAGAAAUUAUUUAUAGUGCAUUAAAUUUGCUUUAAAAUAUUCUUUAUUUUAUCAUAUUUCAUUUCUGUAAUAACCAAAUCUAUUUGUUCUAGAUAGAUUUGCCAAGUUGUAAUCAUUUUAGGUACUUUUCUUGAUUUGUUUAAUUGUGACACUCAGUGUGGUUUUUCAAAACGAAAAAGUUACUUUUUGAGUUUUUCAUGAUUGUGUGAUUGAUAUACUAAACUAAUUUAUAUCAUUAGUAUAUCAUACAUGACUGAUUUUUAUAUAUAAUUUUUAAAUAAUUAAAUAAAAAAAUCAUUUUUUUAUUA